AAGAAAACAUAUGAUUCGAAAUGAGUAAUCGCACGGAAUUUGCAAGAAAGCUUUUUACACAAAGGGCGAAAACUGAGAAACCUCUAAUCGAAACUGAUCUAGCGGUUGUAAUCAAAGAUGCUUAUCCCAAGGCUCAAUGUCAUUUUAUAGUUGUCUCCAAGGAGGAUAUACCGAAUGUGACUGCGCUGACACGAGACAGCCUGCCGCUCUUGGAUCAUAUGAAGGAACUGGCAAAUCAAAUCAUUGAACAGCAUCAAUAUGUGCCGUCCAGCAACUUUUUGAUUGGCUUCAAAAUUGAUGCAUUUAUGAACGGCUUGAAUAUGCAUAUCAUAUCGAAUGAUUUCUAUUCGGAGUGCAUGCGUCGAGUAAGCCAUUGGAACAGUUUCAAUACAGAAUUGUUCUUAACGUAUCAGGCAGUUUAUGCUCUUAUUCGUAUUCAGGGCAGCAUAGAACCCAUGCCAGCUGAAAAAGCAGACGAAUUGCGUAAAGCACUGCCCCUGCGCUGUAAUCAGUGCGAUUUCGAAACAAAUCUUUUGCUUGGAUUGAAAGGACACCUGUUUAAGCAUUGGAAAAAUCGAGAAGAUAAGCUCCAAAUAAAGCUGCAAGUGGAAAAGAUAACUCGCAUGCUAGACGAUGCAAAAUUGACAACUCCACCCAAGAUAGCUCUAGACAAAGCACCCGUAUCAUCAAAUCAGUCAAAGUCAAAUCAAGCAGUGGAGUCAAACAAUCAUGAUCCAACCUUGCCAACCAAUCCCUUCAAAUGCGAAAAGCCUGCAAUAAAUCGAAACCCAUCGAGCUGGCGCCAAAAUAUGAGCAACCAAGUGGCGGAGAUAAAUAAAGGUCAACAUGCCAACCACUUUGAUAAAAAUGUUCAGAAGUCGCCUUAUAGUCAGUCAAAAUUUCGACAAUUCAAUCAAGGGGCCUUCACUGGGCAACACGGACCUCGGGCCAACAAUGGGCCCAACGGACCUCGGGCCAACAAUGGGCCCAACGGACCUCGUGCCUUCAAUGGGCCACACGAACCUCGGGCCUUCAAUGGGCCACACGGACCUCGGGCCAAUAAUGGGCCCAACGGACCUCGGGCCCUCAAUGGGUCCAAUGUGCAGGGUCCUGGAUUGAAUAAUAUUGGAGCAAAUCACCCUCUCGGUAAUGUGAAUAUAAAUAUGAAUCCACUGUCUAAUGCAAAACAAUCAUCUGCUCCCAAUGCUCAGAAUCAAAAUCAGGGAAAAUACGCGCAGAAAAGCCAAUUUAAAAAACAAUAUGACACCAAACAAACUGAAAACUCUCAGAAGUCCUGA